AUAUAUUUGUGAAGAAAGUGUCCAAAUUUUACGUUUCUGAAAUUCCAGUUGAACUCAAAAACCUACUCCUCCCUCGUUUCCUCACCGUCGACCUCCGCAUUGCCUGCCGCCGGCCUCCUUGUCGUCUACGUUGACCGCCGCACUACCCGCCGUCGACGAUUUAAUCCUAGCUUCUUGUCUACUUCCUCCUUGUUCUCCAUUUUUCUUCUGUAAAUCGAAGCAAAGAUUGUUUUUCCCCCCCGAAUUUAGGGUUUUUUAUUUUCAGUUUUUCAAAAGAACCGGCUUGGAAUCCUAACCCUAAUGUUUGAAAGCCAAAACCUUUUGAUUCCACUCGUCGUCUUGGACUCGUUCUCUCACGCAAAAUUCACUGUCUGAAAUUAUAGCGUAUUUAAGUUUUAUUUGUUAUUAUUAUUUUUAUUAUUUUGGUUUUGUUUGUCUUUUUUUUUUUUUUUUGGGAUUUUCGUUAAUGCCAUUACAAGGUAUUAUUUAGGGGAGCAGCGGCACAGGGGGGCGUCCGGCAACUCCUUUUACGGGCGAACUCGGAAACCAUUGUUAGGGUUUUUUUUUUUUUGGAUUAAAUGUCGGAUUUUGAGAGACAGUAGCUCUGUUGUCAACCCAAGUUUGAUCAUGAACGCCCCAAUUAUUGAUCCGUUGCAGGGGGAUUUUCCAGAAGUGAUAGAGGAGUAUCUGGAACAUGGGGUCAUGAAAUGCAUUGCUUUUAAUCGGCGUGGAACGCUACUUGCCGCUGGAUGUGCUGAUGGAAGCUGCAUUAUAUGGGAUUUUGAAACCAGGGGCAUAGCUAAAGAGCUUCAUGAUAAAGACUGUGUUGCUGCUAUAACAAGUGUCUGUUGGUCAAAGGAUGGUCAUUGCAUUCUUGUGUCUGCGGCAGACAAGUCAUUAACACUUUGGGAUGUUGUCAGUGGGGAGAAGAUAACACGAACAACUCUGCAGCAAACCCCUCUCCAAGCUCGUCUACAUCCUGGUUCUGCCAAAUCCCUCUGCCUAGCUUGCCCACUCUCAUCUGCCCCCAUGAUUGUUGACUUGAAUACUGGAAGCACAACUGUACUGCCAGUUUCAGUUUCUGACACAGGUGCUGGGCUUCCUCCUCCAUCACGCAAUAAAUUCUCCGAUGGAUCCCCCCCUUUUACUCCAACUGCUGCAUGCUUUAACAAGUAUGGUGAUUUAGUUUAUGUUGGGAACUCCAAAGGAGAAAUUCUCAUUGUAGAUCACAAAAACAAACAAGUGCGUGCUGUUGUCCCCAUAUCUGGGGGUUCUGUGAUCAAGAACAUCGUAUUCAGCAGGAAUGGACAGUAUCUUCUCACAAAUUCAAAUGAUCGUACAAUCAGGAUCUAUGAGAAUCUUCUGCCCUUGAAAGAUGGACUCAAAGUCCUCGACGAGCUAAGCACAAGCUGUGAUGAGGUUGAUGAGGCGGAGAAGUUGAAGGCUGUUGGAUCAAAGUGUUUAGCACUUUUUCGGGAUUUUCAAGAUUCUAUCACCAAAAUCCAUUGGAAAGUACCCUGCUUCAGUGGUGAUGGUGAAUGGGUUGUCGGAGGCUCUGCCAGCAAAGGAGAGCACAAGAUCUACAUAUGGGAUAGGGCUGGGCAUCUUGUAAAAAUCCUUGAAGGCCCAAAGGAAGCCUUGAUUGAUUUAGCCUGGCAUCCUGUUCACCCUAUUGUUGUCUCUGUUUCUCUGACUGGCUUGGUUUAUAUUUGGGCUAAAGAUUACACUGAAAACUGGAGUGCAUUUGCUCCUGAUUUCAAAGAGCUUGAGGAAAAUGAGGAGUAUAUAGAACGAGAAGAUGAAUUUGAUUUGAUGCCUGAGACUGAAAAGGUGAAAGAUACAGAUGUUAAUGAAGAUGACGAAGUUGACAUUAUGACAGUGGAAAAUGAGUCCGUUUUCAGUGAUUCAGAUAUGUCCCAGGAAGAACUAUGUUUUUUGCCAGCAGUUCCUUGCCCAGAUGUUCCUGAGCAGCAAGACAAAUGUGUAGGGAGUACUUCAAAGUUGACGGACAGCAACCACUCUGGAUCCCCUCUUUCAGAGGAAGCUGGACAGAAUGGGCAAGCAAUGAACCAUGCCUCGAGCCCUGUUGAAGAGGACACAGGUGGAACACGGUUGAAAAGAAAGCGGAAGCCUUCAGAGAAAGGGAUGGAGUUGCAGGCAGAGAAGGUGAGGAAACCCUUAAAGACCAUGAAAUCUUCUGGUAAAAUAUCAAAAAUAAAAAAUAAAACUGUAGUAGAACAGGAUACAGAUAGUUAUGUAUUUGCGGAUGAUGUUACUGAUGAGUAUCAUUAGACAAUAAAUCGCAAUAUCAUUUGUACUUCUAUGAUCCCCAUCUUCUAGCCAGACAAUACAGAAUCAAUCUUUCUUCUUGAAAA